AUGAUGGCCAAGCUCAAGAUUCCCGUCUACGUCCUCGGCGUGGGCAUGACCAAGUUCAUCAAGCCACGUGGCAAGGUGGACUACACCGAGCUCGGCUUCGAGGCGGGCAUCAAGGCGAUGCUGGACGCAAAGAUCAACUACGACGACGUGGACCAGGGGGUAGCCUGCUACGUGUACGGCGACUCGACAUGCGGCCAGCGGGUGUUCUACCAGUUUGGGAUGACGCAGAUCCCGAUCUAUAACGUCAACAACAACUGCUCGACCGGGUCGACGGGCCUGAACCUGGGGCGGACGAUCAUCAGCAACGGCGGGGCCGACUGCAUGCUGGUGGUAGGCUUUGAGAAGAUGAUGCCGGGCAGCCUGCAGAGCUUCUUCCAGGACCGGGAGCACCCGAUGGGCAAGACGACAGAAAUGUUGGCGGAGACGCGCCAGCUGACGACGGCACCGGGUGCGGCACAGAUGUUUGGCAACGCCGGACGCGAGUACAUAGAGCAGCACGGGGCGACGGCCGAAGACUUUGCCGAAAUUGCACGGAUCAACCACGCGCACUCGGUCAAGAAUCCGUACAGCCAGUUCCAGGACGUGUACACGCGCGAGCAGAUCCUGGCGGCGCCGAUGAUCCACGAGCCGUUGACGAAGCUGCAGUGCUGUCCGACGUCGGAUGGCGGGGCCGCGGCCGUGUUGGUAUCGCAGGCCUUUCUCGAUGCCCGACCAGAGCUGCGCAGCCAAGCCGUGCGGAUCGCAGGUCAGUCGUUGGCCACGGACGGGCCUUCGCUCUUCUCGCGCAGUGCUGUCGACCUGAUGGGGUAUGCCAUGACCGAGCGGGCCGCCCGCGACGCCUGUGCCCAGGCCGGCAUCGCGCCCGGUGACGUGCAGGUCGUCGAGGUCCACGACUGCUUCAGCACCAACGAGAUGGUCACGCUCGAUGCCCUCGGACUGCCGGCCGGCGUCUUCCCGGCUGACGAGAACACGCCCAACCCCCGCGGUGGUGCCGUCGACCUCGUGCGCCGCGGCGACAUCACCUAUGGCGGCCGCUACGUCGUCAAUCCGUCCGGCGGUCUGAUCAGCAAGGGCCAUCCGCUCGGGGCUACCGGCAUCGCCCAGUGCGCCGAGCUCGUCUGGCACCUGCGCGGCUGGGCCAACAACCGCGCCGUCCCCCACACCCGCUAUACCCUGCAGCACAACCUCGGCCUCGGCGGUGCCGCUGUCGUGUCGGUCUACUGCCGCGCUGACGGCCAGGAGGCGCCCAGCGGUGCGGCCGUCUCCGAUGAGGCUGUCGCCAAGCAAACCGGCCUGGGCUACAACCCGGCCGUCGUGGCCAAGGGCUUCACUGCGGCCCAGGCCCAGGCCGUGCGCAGCCGCACUAAGACGAGCGAGUGGGCGCUGGGCGACACGGCGGAAAAGGUCGAGGCGAGGUUCUGA